AGUCGUUCGGUUGCUUCCGAGAAUUUCGAGCGUUUAGAAAAUCCGUAAACAUACAAAGUAUUCGAGUGUUGAAGACCGAGAUUAUUCGGGAUAUUUACGGUCAUGGCAAAAUACGAAUUCAGCGAAGUUCUCGUCGUCGACGACGACAAAGAAAAAUCCGAAAUAAUAAAAUCGAUCGUCGAGGAGAAGGAUCAGGAAAACGCUUUUUACAUUCUGGACGUUGGUUGGGUCGUGCGAAAACACUGUGACUGGAUCAAUAAGAUGCCGCGAGUUGUUCCCUACUUCGCCAUCAAAUGUAAUCCCGAUGCAACCGUGAUAAAAACGUUGGCGGCUCUCGACGGCUGUUUCGAUUGCGCGUCUCAGCGAGAGAUCGAGCAGGUGAUUUCGGCCGGUGUGCCAGGGGAGCGCAUCAUUUUCGCGAACCCAGCGAAGCUGGUGUCGCACAUAAAGUACGCGAAGAAAUGCGGCGUCGAUAAAAUGACGGUUGACAGCGUGCAGGAGAUGGAGAAAAUAAAGAGUGUUUUUCCGAGCGCGAAGCUCCUCAUUCGCAUCCGCAACGACGGCUACUGCGACAAGCAGUCCAUGACCUCGCUCGGGGAGAAAUUCGGCUGCGACCCGAAAGCGGAAGCCGCCGAUCUUGUUAAAUCGAUGAGAGAGAUGGGCUUGACGUUGCACGGAUUUAGCUUCCAUGCCGGAAGCCCUUGUCCGGACACCAAGGCCUUUGGCGACGGUAUUAAAAUCUGCAGGGGACUCAUCGACUUUGCGAAAACGAUGGGCUUCCAGGACGUCCGGUUGAUCGACGUGGGCGGGGGAUUUCUCGGUCUCACCGACCAGCAGCUCGACGAGGCUGCAGCUUCGGUGAACGAGGCGUUGACAGAGCUCGAUCCUGCGAUCGGCGUUAUCAGCGAGCCCGGCAGGUAUUACGUCGAAGGUGCGUUCACACUCGCUGCGUUAUUGCACAGUAGGAAAGAGAUCGUGGAGGGGACCGAAGUGAAGCAAGUUUAUUACGUCAACGACGGUUGCUACGGCUCCUUCAUCGAGGAGUUGUUGCACCUUAAAGCGAGGGUGCCAACGUCUCUGUACGAAAAGGAGGCUCAAAACGCCCAGAAAUUCAUUUCGACUAUCUGGGGCCCCACUUGCGACUCGCACGACUGCAUCGUCAAGGACGUAUUGCUGCCGAAGUUCUCCAUCGGCGAUUGGAUGCUCUGGGACCGGAUGGGAGCUUACACGAUAUCUUUGGCUUGUCCUUUCAACGGAAUGCCCGUCGCUGACGUUUACCCCUUCAUCAGGAAGAGUGACAUGACAUUCUUUAAAAACGCUCUCGAAAAAACGCGCCGAAAUGGACACGAUUGAAAUGACUUUUCUCCUUUUCUCGCCGUUCUCGCGUCCAUUUAUUCCUCCCUCGCGUCCUCCAACUCCCCGAUGAACAAUAAAUCUCAUGAUCGAUCCACGAGAAGUGGGAAUUUCUUGUUUCACAGUUCCCUCACGUUUCGGGACCGUUUCCGGUCCCUCCCCGCAGCAUCUACCGUGAUCUCCGUCCUUAAAGUCGCGAUAAACACGCGAAUCUUUGGCUACUAUCGAAACAUCGAUUCUGGGUGAACAAAAAAUAAGUAGGGAGACCCGGAGUACGAGGAGACGAAUAAAAGUAAUCGAAAAAUCGAAUAAAGUUACCGGAAACGUCGUCGAAGAACAACGUUUCCGGUUUACAUAAGUGACAACAAAUCUGUACUUUAUUUUUGAAGAAUCUCAUUGCAAUAAUGCGAGUCGUUGAGAGAGGAAUUACGAAAAGAGUUCAAGGAUGUGGGGAGGCCAUGAAAUUUUUUUUACCUCAAACGCUGAUGUUUGUUUUAUUGAAUUGACAUUUUGUUUUUUUUUUUUUUUUUUUUUUUACAAUCGAUGCUGAACAUUUUUAAAGAUAACAUUUUGACGUCGAUAAGAUGCCGGAAUUCGCGAAUAUCUGUGAUCCAAUCAGUCGAGCGGAAAGCCUUCGGAGUCUUGGUUUUGUUAUCCGAAGCGGUGACGCUUUAACGAGAGUUUUCUCGAGGCCCCGGUGACUCGAUGUUUUCCAACAAAAUGGGAAAAAUGUGGAUCGCGGAGAACGGCGUUUUCUCGAGGAGCGUCGAAAAAGAUUGAUCAGUUGAAAUAAAAUGAUUCGACUUUGAUGAAGGAGCUACGAAGAAGGUGACGAUUGGAAUAAAGUUUGUGUUGUGUUGUUUUGUAACGGUGCGUUUAUUCUCGUACAUCCGGAGGUCGAAAUUUUCAAUAAAAUGUCCAUUAACGUUGAUGAAAAACGGGCGUUACUCGACUCGAGAUUGGCCCGCGUCUCCGCACGAGGUUGCCGCUCCGAGCUCGCGGGCUCUGGCCGUACGGCGACCUGCCGUUUGUCGAGAAGUAAUACGAUCCUCGGCUGCAACAAAGUGGGCGCAUGAGCUUCGGGGGAAAAUGACGCGGAACGGUCGUCGCGAGGCGGGCUCUACUCACGCGUGAACCGGCGUCGCGUAGCCGACGAGAACCCGAUCGUUCGAAUCGCAUUUGCCCAACAGCAAGUCCGCGAAGGAACCGCACCGGACGGCCACGAAAGCUCCCUCGUUCACGACGCUUUCCGCGUAGUACUGCCAGGACCUCCAGUGACUGCACAAAUCUGAAUAGCGAAAGAAAUGCCCGAGCUUUCCUGUGGCCGCGGCGGGGAUAAUCGGCGCGAGGUUUUAGUGCCGUCGAAAAAAGCGAAAAAAGUGACGAACGUGACAACACCGAAGUACGCAUAGUAAUUUUGACGCCGAAAGCAGUUGCUCUCAAAUUUAUCUACGUACACGGGGAAAACGGAUUUGUUUUGUAUAGCGAGGAACGUAUUAUUUUUCAAGAAUUUUAUAAGUAUUUAGGCACCGAUUACAAACAGCAUAGUAUUUUUUGAAUUUUCCAAUUUUUCAUCUCUUCGCAAUAAUACAAACAGCUUUAUGUGCAUAGCA